CGGUUCAAGGCUAUCAACAAAACAGGUAGCCAGCAAAAAAAAGACCGUCCCUGUUUUGCUCUCUUUCAUCCCUCUCUUUGCCGGCUGCCAUCCACAUUGGGAUCUCGAAUUCACCUUGGAUUUUGUAGCGUAGGGCAAGGCCGCGCCUUUUCUCAGGCUGCCCUGCUGCGUCAAGUGUCUUCUGUCGCAGGAGGGAUCUAAUAGCUGGGAUUCUUGGUGGCACCGAUCACGAAAGGAUUCAAAGCAAUAUACUGAAAUAAAGUUUCAGCACACGGAACCUAAGCGUGCAGCUGAUGGCAAGCACUGAUGAUCCGAAGAAAGAGGCAUCAACUUGGUCCAUUUUUAAUUGGAAUAACAAAGCAGAGCCGGAGGUCGAGCAACCGAGAAUGAGAAGCACCCAAGAGAUCCUCACAAAAUAUAAAUUCAACGGGGAUGCUGCCGCGGCAGCGGCGCACGCAAAGGAUAAGCUCAUGGAGCGGCAGGAGAAACUCGCGAAAAUGGUCGAAGAAUCCGCAGAGUUUGAGAGCGAGGCGGAAAACUUUGCCACCCUCGGUCAGCAGAUCAGGAAAUCCCUGGAGACCAAGAGAUGGUGGUGGCCAUCGUGACUCACAAACCAAUCGUCCGGUCAUCGAGCGAUGUGAUGUAGUAGCUUAAAAAACACUCUUAUAUUAUGAAACGGAGGGAAUAAUGCCAAUGCGUUUAGCAUGCCUGGCUGCUGUACUGCUCUGCGCAUGCUAAAUGAAACGAAACCAAGACGCUGCCUUUUAGCAACAAGUGGGAAUGAUUGUGGACGGAUACAUGUAUCUACUCUACUUAGUUUUAAUAAUUUCGUGAUGGGGAUGGCUGACGACCGUGCGAUUAACUUCUCACCCGCCAGCGCCAUACAUCACAUGUACCAACUCUUAUCUUGGACGGAUAAAUGGUACGA